AUGGCCUUCAUAUUCCGGCGUGCCCAGCAAGUCAUCAUAUGGCUUGGCUCACAUCAGCAGCCAGUUGACGAGCAGCAUGAGAAGAAGCUUGGAUAUACAAAGAAUGUCGACCAAAGAGCAAAACAUGCAGCUGAGAUAGAACUCGAGUAUUUCAUGCACAGGCUAGUUCAUGAAGAAUAUUGGAAACGUGCCUGGAUUAUCCAAGAGGUGGGCAUGGCCUCAAAAAUCACAGUUAACUAUGGAUCAGGAUCGAUGGAAUGGAAGGACUUUAUCAAACUCCUCAACUGGUACAGAGAACAAAAUCCAAAUGAUGCUGCAACACAGGCAAUCCUCAAAUUGGAUAAUAUGCGGCGUUCAAAAUUCUCGCAAACGGAAAGCUUCUCACUUCAGAACCUGGUUGAUGAGUUCCGAGAUGCCUUUUGUGAGCUUCCUCAUGACAAGGUCUAUGCAUUCAUUGGUCUGGCAAACGAUACAAUCGACAAUGAGAUCCCGGUAAAUUACCAGCAAUCUGAAUCGGAGGUGUAUUACGACAUAAUGAAACAUCACUUCGAUUCACUUCACUUCGAGACCCAGCAGACAUCCUCAAUUGAAGCGAUCUAUCUAGCAGCGCUAUCUUCACAAAAGGAAGUCUCUGAGGAUCGGAGCGACCGAAAUCGCUAUGAUGAUGACCUUUACCUACACAGGUCUCUCGAGACCGGCUGGUCCUAUUUUUCACCUGACGCAAGAAUGAGGAGCGAUGCUGAGGGAAAAAAGAAAACUAAGAAAACUAAAGAAGCAGAAGAAAAGGAAGACGAGGAGGAGGAGGAGACCACUAAGAAGGACGACUCAUGGGGAAAACCACUGUUUAUUGCAAUUGGCGUAGUAGGAGCAGCGGGAUUAGCAUGGCUCAUCUGGAAGCUUUUGAAUCCAAGAUCGACCGAGAAACUAACUUGGUGUUGGAAAGAGUCUGCCGCUGAAGACCUUACAAAAUGGACGACUUCCGCAGACAAGGAGGCCGAAGGGUUUGUCCUGAGAGGCGCAAUAAUUGGCAAAGUCGAACACAUAGGACCUUCGAUAUUGGAUCUCACUACCUCGCAUGAUGCAGAGAAACGGUGGAAUGCAAGGUUAGGACAAUACUACCGCGGCUCUACAGAUUUGGCAACAGCGAGGGGUCUCAACGAGAAGGUCCUAUCGAUUCUUAGCGACACCACUGACUUUCGGACACGAAACAUCAUUCCUUUGACACUUGAACGAUCUCUAACCAGUCUGAAGAAACUUCGGCACAAGCCAACAACUCAGAGACCAGAACAAUCUCCUGUGCUCUUCUUGGGCACGAACGUGACUCUGGGUGUGGCGCCAGGAGACAUCCGCGAAGGCGACUUCAUUUGUCAAUUCUGGAAUUCUAGUUCUUGUGCUGUGCUUCGAAAAACCAAUGCUGGCUUCCGGCCACGAUUUGAGAUAAUUGGUAGAGCCUCUAUUGUUGGUCGCGAAGAAAAUGUGGAUUGGGCGGUCCCAGCUGAUAAAACUCGGUUUGCUACAAGUGGAUUGUUCAACCAGAAGGUCAUAGACCUGCCCGUCAACAUGAUGACAUUAACUCUUUUGUCAUUAGAUACAGUGGACCUGCCUGGCACCACGAACUAG